AUGUUUGUGCUUAAGAUAUCAAUGAUGUCAUUCUCUUUAAUAAUAUUGAAAACAAUAUAGUUUACAAAUAAUUGGUUUCAAAACAUUGUAUCAAUCUAAAUAUAAAAACUUAAGAUAUUUAAUAAACUUAUACAAACAUAAAUACAGCUAAGCAAUUUAAUGUUUAUUUAAUUUUAUAUUUUUAAUAUUGGUAAAGUAUAUUCUUUAUGA